AUGGACUCGUACGACCACUCGAAGCCCUACUCGGUCGACACCAUGGACCCAUCCCAGCUCAACUACAGCGCUGACAUGGGCCUAUCCGAGUACAUCCACUUCCCCCACGAGUCCCCCAUGCAAUACGCGGACAUGUCCCUUCCCCCCGUCGCGUCGUCCGAGCCCAUGGAUUUUCAGACUCUGAACAUGAGCAACUACGACACCAACUACGCGUCGUCUGCUACAUACUCCCCUGCGCGCCCCAUCACGCCCCUCGACGGUGCCAGCAUCUCGCCCCACGCACUCGCUUACCCGCCCAGCGCGGGUGAGCUGUCCUCGGACGGAAUGACCUCAGGCCGCCGGAGCCGUGGGAGUGGGUCGCCAGCGCCCUACUCUACCGCUCAGCGCGCCGCACAUCGGUACACCCCGAUGGGCAACCCGGCCACCCGUCCCCGCGUAAGGGCGCAGCGCAAGGGCUCUCUCAAGAGCAACGACGACCGUGACAGCGACGAGGACGACGACGACUUCCAGCCGAUCGGCCCGGCCACUGGCGGCGUCGACUCAAAGCGCGAGACCAUUCGUCGCCAGCGCAUCGAGUCGGAGCAGCGUCGUCGCGAUGAGCUCCGUGAAGGCUACGCUCGUCUCAAGGACACCCUCCCGCGUACUCCCCAGAAGUCGAGCAAGGUCGUGCUUCUUGACCGCGCUGUGUGCCGCAUCAAGCACCUCGAGGUCGAGAACGCCAGUUUGCACGAUAAGGCGAUGGAGGUUCAGCGUGAACUUCAGCGCCAGCGCGCCAUCAACGAGCAGCUGUUGAUGCGCGUCGCGGGGACCGCCCUGCCGUCCGGCAUGCCCCAGGCUAUGCCGAUGGCCCAUUGA